CGCAAAACGAUCACUAAGCGCGGAGAGAAAACGGUGUGGGUUAAGUGCAGCGGGAAGGACGAGGAGCGAGCUACCGCAAUGCUGCUAGGAGACUGGCACGGGAAUAAAUACGCCCCGUUUAUCGCAUUCAAGAAUGGGGUCUCACGUCAUGAUCACGUGCAAGCCGUCAAUGAUGCCGCGCGUCAUGGAUUUGGUGUGCGUUUGCGGAAGGAGGUC